AUGGUCGGAACACCAUGGGCACAAACAACCACAGGGGUGGUAACCUAUCAGGCCAGUAUUCAGGUAAUGGUUUUAAAAGCUGGGAACCAGCAAGAGGUGGAAGAAGACCUGAAGACAAGUAUGACCGAAAGUCCAGUAUACGACUUGAUAUUGGGGAAUAUUGACGGAAUCAGAGAUAUUGCAAUUGGAGAAUAUGGAACCAUAUCAGAAGAGAAGAAAGUGGAUGAAACGGUGCACGAACAGGCAGCAGUAGUCACAAGAGCUCAGGCUUCAAAAGAAAAGGCUGCCCGGGAACAAGCAAUGUCGGAAGAGGUAAAGCAGUGUGGAAAACUGAAUACUUCUCGGUAUUAUGAACUCAAUGGAUUCUUGUACCGUGAAUUUACGUCUCCAAAACAUAACAAGGGUGAACCUGUUUGUCAGCUUGUUGUCCCUAAGGAAUUUCGAGAUGAAAUCAUGAAGAUAGCUCAUGACAGUUUAUUAGGAGGACAUCUAGGAAUGCAGAAAACAUUGGAUAAAGUACUGUCACAAUUUCAUUGGUCUGGGGUAAUGUCAGAUGUGAAACGUUUCUGUACCUCCUGCGAUACCUGUCAGAGGAUGACAUCAAAAGGAAAAGUUUCCAAGGUGGGAGAAAUGCCAUUAAUAGAUACACCAUUUAAACGCGUGGCUGUUGAUCUGGUUGGACCUAUUACACCAGUUAGUGACAGAGGAAACCGGUACAUAUUAACGGUGGUUGACUACGCUACAAGAUAUCCAGAGGCGAUGGCAUUGAAGAACAUUGAGACAGAAACCGUUGCAGAGGCAUUAGUAGACAUUUUCACUCGAGUUGGAGUUCCACAAGAAAUGCUUAGUGACAUGGGAGCACAAUUUACAUCUGGACUCAUGAAGGAGAUAAGUAGGCUGUUGUCAAUGAAACAGUUAGUGACUACACCAUACCAUCCCCAGUGUAACGGGUUAGUGGAAAGAAUGAAUGGCACGCUGAUGUCCAUGAUAAAGCGUAUGUGUACAGAGCGACCCAAGGACUGGGACAAGUACAUUUCGCCAGCCUUGUUCGCAUACAGAGAAGCCCCACAGGCAAGCACAGGGUUUUCUCCAUUUGAACUGCUCUACGGGAGAACAGUAAGAGGACCAAUGCAAAUAUUAAGAGAGAUGUUGACACAGGAAACCCUUAGUGAAGAGGUAAAAACUGUUUAUAAAUACGUUUUGGACCUAAAGGAAAGGUUAGCAGAAACAAUGCAAUUUGCACAAGAAGAACUGAAGAAAUCUGCUGGAAAAUACAAGAAACACUUCGAUAAGAAAGCGAGGCAAAGAACAUUUUCAGUAGGAGAGCGAGCUCUAGUUCGGUUGCCAACAAACCGAAACAAAUUGCUCAUGCAGUGGCAAGGGCCAUAUGAAAUUGUAGAGAAUGUUGGUGAAUCAGACUACCGACUUGACGUCAAUGGUCACGUGAAGACAUACCAUGCCAAUAUGUUGAAGAAAUAUGUGGAGAGAAUUGGCAAUGAGGAUGAAACUGUUCAGGCUGGAUUACUGAUACAUAUCGCAGCGGCCAUUAUUGAAGACGAGAAGGUACCAAGUGGUGAGAAGGACUGUUUAAGUGAGUAUGGUCGAUUUAAUGAAGAGAUACAAUGUCCUAUAAUAGAACAAUCAGAAUCUGUUGAAGAUGUCAAACUUGGUGAAAACCUAGAUGCCAAACAAUGCAAAUCUUUGCAAACAUUACUUCAAGACUUCCAAGACGUGUUAACUGACAUUCCUGGGAAAACCAAUUUGGUAGAACAUCAUAUUAAUACAACUACAGAUGAUCCAAUUCGUUCAAGGCCAUAUCCUGUUCCACAUGCUGUGAAGGAGACCAUAAACAAAGAAGUUCAGGAGAUGUUACGAAUGGGUGUCAUUGAACCAUCAGAUUCACCAUAUAGAUCACCAGUCGUUAUAGUGAAGAAACCAGAUGGCACUAAUAGAUUUUGUGUGGACUUUCGCAAGUUAAAUCAGGUCACAGUCUUUGAUGCUGAGCCAAUGCAAUGUCAGGAUGACAUUUUUGCACGCUUAUCCCACUGUCGUUACUUUUCGAGAAUUGAUUUGUCAAAGGGAUACUGGCAGAUUCCAGUUUUCGAGGAAACCAAAAAGUAUACUAGCUUUGCAACUGACACCGGGCUAUGGCAGUUUCGAAGAAUGCCAUUUGGACUGGCAUGCGCACCCGCUGUCUUCAGCAGAAUGAUGAGAAUGUUGCUGAAAGACCUUAGUGGAGUGGAUAACUUUUUAGACGAUAAGUUCCUGUUCACCGAGACAUGGGAGGAGCAUCUUACUUUGAUUGCAGAAGUCUUAGGGCGCCUGCGAAAUGCUGGACUGACGGCAAAGCCUAGCAAGUGCAUGUUGGCUUGUGAGAGACUUGAUAUCUUAGGACACCAAGUAGGGCACGGAAAAGUGGAACCAAACCCACAGAAGGUUACAGCAAUAGCUCAAGCCGAAAGACCACGAACCAAGACUGAACUUCGAUCCUUCUUAGGGCUGGUAGGUUAUUAUCGUAAGUUCAUACCAAACUUUGCCGCUGUGGCUGUACCAAUUACCGACCUCACCAAGAAAGGUAAACCCAAUACCUUGGUUUGGGAAUCACCUCAUGAAAGGGCAUUCAAGGAAUUGAAGGAACGAGUGACGAUAUCACCGAUUCUCCGAAUGGCAGAUUUAGGUAAGCCAUUUAUUCUACGUACAGACGCCUCUAAUGUAGGUUUAGGGGCAGUACUUCUGCAAGAACAUGAGGAUGGAAAGUUUCCGGUAGCAUAUGCAAGUCGUUAA